GCCGCCCUCCGUAGUAGUCGCACGCGACCGCGAGUGCACCAGUGCCCAUAAACGAUCCGACCUUCAUACCGAAAGAACGAGACGUCUAUAUAUUUGACAGUGGAGAUAAGUAUGUGAAGAAGCUUGGUCGCGCAUGUGUCAAGAACUUCUGUCAUGGCGUUUCGGAGAUAGUGCCAGGUGGUGACUGUGGGAGUGCGUGUAGAGGCGGCAUGCGCGUGUUGGUCGCGGCGCUGUUGGCGCUGCUGGCCCGCGCGCUGGCGAGCCCGCACGAGCACCGCGCCAGGCACCACGCGCCCGACCACGCCGCGCACUUCCCGCCGCCCGCGCCGCAGCCCUACCGCGGCCACGGGGAGGCCGUGCGCUACAACCCCGAGUCCGACACCAUCCUCCCGCGCAUUGAGGAGCACGAGACCUCCUCCAAGCGCGCUAGGUUCGACGAAACCGAAACCUCCUCCAAGCGGGCGCACGACACGUUCUACUCCAACCAUGAACGAGUUGAAGAACUCAUGGCUGACGAGCCCCGCUACGGCCCCGAUGACGACGAUCCCCUGAUAGUGCGCACUAGAAAAGGACGAGUCCGAGGUAUCACCCUCACCGCUGCGACCGGCAAAAAAGUCGACGCCUGGUUCGGCAUCCCGUACGCUCAGAAACCGCUCGGUGACUUAAGGUUCAGACAUCCGAGACCCGUCGAAAACUGGGGCGAGGAGAUACUCAAUACAACGACACUGCCACACACGUGCGUCCAAAUUGUAGAUACGGUGUUCGGUGAUUUUCCCGGCGCCAUGAUGUGGAAUCCCAACACGGAUAUGCAGGAAGACUGCCUUUAUAUAAAUAUAGUCACGCCGAGACCGCGUCCUAAAAAUGCAGCAGUGAUGCUGUGGGUUUUCGGUGGUGGUUUUUACUCUGGAACCGCGACGCUUGAUGUUUACGACCCAAAAAUUCUUGUGUCAGAAGAGAAUAUUGUGUAUGUGUCUAUGCAAUACAGAGUUGCGUCACUAGGGUUCCUAUUUUUCGAUACAGCCGAUGUUCCCGGUAACGCUGGACUGUUCGAUCAACUUAUGGCGUUAGAAUGGGUGAAAGAUAAUAUCGCAUUCUUUGGAGGGAAUCCUCAUAAUAUAACAUUGUUCGGAGAGUCAGCGGGUGCGGUAUCGGUUUCUCUGCAUUUGCUUUCUCCUCUGUCAAGAAAUUUGUUCUCUCAAGCGAUCAUGCAGUCCGGAGCGGCAACAGCUCCUUGGGCCAUUAUAUCUAGGGAAGAGAGCAUCCUUCGUGGUAUGCGAUUGGCUGAAGCUGUUCACUGUCCAAGUUCCAGAACAGAUAUGGGUCCUAUGAUUGAGUGCUUAAGGAAGAAAAGCGCAGACGAUCUCGUUAAUAACGAAUGGGGAACAUUGGGCAUUUGUGAAUUUCCAUUCGUUCCAAUAAUCGAUGGCUCAUUCUUAGACGAAAUGCCGCGGCGAUCUUUAGCGCACCAAAAUUUUAAAAAGACAAACAUAUUAAUGGGAUCCAAUACAGAAGAGGGUUAUUACUUUAUUCUGUACUAUUUAACAGAACUGUUUCCGAAAGAAGAAAACGUCGGUAUAACGAGAGAGCAGUAUCUUCAAGCUGUUAGAGAAUUGAAUCCAUACGUGAAUGAUGUGGCUCGUCAGGCAAUAGUGUAUGAGUAUACGGAUUGGAUAAACCCAGAUGAUCCUGUAAAGAACAGGAACGCUUUGGACAAGAUGGUUGGAGAUUACCAUUUCACAUGUGGAGUGAACGAAUUCGCUCAUAGAUACGCAGAAACUGGCAAUAACGUAUAUACGUAUUAUUUUAAACAUCGAAGCAAGAACAACCCCUGGCCAUCUUGGACGGGUGUGAUGCACGCGGACGAAAUUAAUUACGUUUUCGGCGAACCGUUAAACCCUGGAAAGAAUUAUUCUCCAGAAGAGAUCGAGUUUAGCAAACGGCUCAUGAAGUAUUGGGCUAAUUUUGCUAGAUCUGGAAAUCCAUCCAUAAAUGCCGGAGGUGAAGCGAAUAAAGUGCACUGGCCGUUACACACGACUACUGGGAGAGAGUACUUGUCCCUUGCGGUCAACUCCAGCUCUAUUGGACGUGGUCUGAGGGUGAAACAGUGCGCUUUCUGGCAGAAAUAUAUCCCUCAACUUAUGGCUGCUACGAGCAAGCCGGAUCCACCACAAAAUUGUACUAACGUAGCGAUGACGUCACGGUCCUCUUAUGUCGCUUUGAGCCUGAGCUUCGUCUCAGCGGUUAGCUUACACACCAUGUGGUUCAAAUACGAAUAAAUAGUUUAUUGUACUAUAACAAUUAUUGCUUUGUAUUCUAUUACAUUGAUUUUUUGCUUCUGUAUUCGUUGUUGCCCGUAUUGAAUGUUCGAACCGUAAAUGGAUUCAAUAAAUAUAUGGUUGUAUCAUUAUAAAAUUUAUUUGUACGGUCAAUUAUAUGAUAUUUAUAUUUAUUUACAAAUAUACGUGAAAUAUUUUCUAAAAUUUAUUUUUAUAUGUAAAUUAUAAAUAUGUAUAUUUAGUUGUAAGCCAUUUUAAAUGUUAUAUUGCUAAGUCCACUCAGUAUUUCGUAGCGGAGUAAUAUUGUGUUGCCUGAUCGACGUUAAGUGUUAGGGGUAUUGUUCAUUCAUGAAUGUUGUCUUUAAGGAGGAGCGAAUCUCUCCAUCAACAUAUCACUUGUUACUAACAAAUUUUAGAACUACGUAGAGAUAACGAUUUGUCGUAGCUUGUAAGUCUUUACAUAUCUUUGGGGAAUUUUGAGAACGAUAAAAGCCGGAGUGUUCGUGACGUUUUUAUAUUGGCGAAGGUAAAAUUGAGAAGAGAGCGUGUUCCUUUGACAUAUUGGUGGUUGAGACGAGUCGAGCACGAGCCGUAGUGUGAUGUAGAAGGAACAAUGUGUUAGCUUUAACGCGCCACUAUUGCAAUACAUAUCACGCAAGGCAUAGAUAUGUCUAAAUUUAAUCAUUCUAGCCUUACCGUAAGUAUAGACGUAAGUUAGGUCAUUUCAUAACUCUGUAGCGGACCAAUAUUAGAAAGUUGUACGUUUGAUGAUAAAACCGAUUCGGGGGUACAAAGUAAUGAUAGUGAAGCGGACAAUGUAUUAACAUGAUAACGAAAUAGUUUACACCUCAAGUAAUCAUAGGAACGGACAAAAUUAACCGAACAAAGUCUAUGGAAGUUCUUAGCCAGGCUAAGGUCAGAACCAAUUAUCAUACUAUAGAUAAUAUAAAAUUUUCUACCGACUUUAGGUUUUAAUAGGUACCUUUAAUGUGGCCUGAAUCGAACACGGAUUGCAGUUUACAACAGUCAAAAUUAAUUUAAAUCGACGAAUAUUUAUAUUUCAAUAUUCAAUGUAUUGGAUAUACAUUGUAAAAUAUAUUAUAAAGUUAGAACAUACAAAGUAGUACCUUAACGUAUUAGGAUCGAUAGUUGAUACUAGUUUAGAGGUCAUAGUCCAGCGGUUCAGCUUUCGAAUAUUGGUGUUUAAUAAAAUAGAAAAUUCUUCACGUUCAGUUCGACAUUUUGAAGUUACUCUUAGUCCAACGUUCGGGAUAAGUUUAACGACUGGACGAACUGUUUCGGUCGUGAAUCAUUUAUUGUAAAUAAGGUAUAUGUUAGAGAUAAACGUAGGACUUAUUGUUAUUCGGCCCUUCGCGCUCUUGUCUUUAUUAAUUCAAGAGACCCGGGUGUCUAUGUAUCAAAUAACCUGUUGUGGAAGACGAUACUUUAUGAGAUAUAGAAAUUGUACUAAGUGUAAUUUUACGUAGUUGUACUUCGAUUGUUUCGUGUUUAUUUGUAAUUAGUGUAAUUAUAUGAAUUGAAAUUGUAUAUUUGUAUCAGAAAAUUCGACUCGUAUUUCGUCUAAGGGCAAAGUUCUAUCGAUCACGAUUAGUGAAGGCGCUAACGAAGGAAUUAGACUCUUGUCCUAUCGCUUGGCUUGUACGAUGUUUGUGAGCUGAUAGAGGAUGUAAUAUAGCGUCAGUAUUCAUGUAAUUUCACGUUCGAUGUUUUAAGAACUACGCUUAUUUUAACCUGCGUAUAUAAACCUAUAGAGUGCCUCUUGUUCACUUUUAUAUAUAUUGAUACAACACUUAAUAUAGGUGAUAAAUGUAGUUGUAGAGACUCUUCUUCUUAAAUAAUUGCACUAAAUUUGUUUAUUUUUUUAAUUUGAAUGUAUCGGACAGAUUGAUAGGGAUUUGUAGUGCCAAAACAGAACGAGAGCGAUAUAUUUUAUUAUUGAGUUUGUUGAACAUUAUUCACAAAAUCCUGUACGCAAAUAAAAGGUUAAAAGGUCACUAGCUAAUGUUCUUUUCAUGGUCACAAAUGUAAUUUCAUAAGAGCGGUUAAGUAUUGAGUCGGGGUGUUAAAAUGUAUUUGGUAAUGUGAAAAGAUUUUAUAAUUACAAAACAUAAUUGAAAAUUAAAGCUAAAAAGAGAAUAUCGAAAAAAUAAUAUACAUUAGUGAUUAGUUAAUUGUCUGGAUAAUUUCAUUCCGAUUUUUCACAAGUUCUUCGAAUUCAGGAAAGAAUUAUGUUUUAUGAUUUAAAUUAUUAUAAAAUACGGAAAUACAGAAAUGUAUUAUCUAUUCAAUGAAUACACAAUUAUGUUUUGUAAUUAAACAAGAGUUUGAUGAGAUUUUGAAUAUUUUUAGCACUGAUAUUCGCCUGAAAUCCGCUUGGCUGUACAAUUUAUCUUCUAUUAAAGGCCUAAACGUAGGAAAUUUGAGCACGAAAUAUAUAAGGCCUAAGCAUCGCUAUUUCAUUUAAUUCAAGUUGUCUUAUUUAAAUUCUAAUAGAAACUUCGAGUAAGUUAAAUUAGUGCUAUGACUGCAUUAUUGAAUGUUUGCAUUUAUGUUUAAUUAUGAAAAUAAAUGCUUGUAUAUAA